CAAAACGGGUGUCAUGAGAUAGUGGAUGAUAUAAACGAUAUUGUCAUAAAAAGCGUCUUGGCAGAUUUCAAUCCAAAUCUAGACCAAUUCACUCAGCGACUAACGGAUCUGCAUUCUGUUGGGUUCAGACUGACAGAUGGGAUGAUGGGGGACGCUCUAUUAUUAUUUGAAAGUCAUAUAAAAGAUAUGGGAAGAGCACUGAUAGAUGCGUUUGCCAUUGUUCGCGGUAUGACUAGGAACGAUAUACUUUCUAUAUGUUUAAGAGAACUGUUGAAUCCGGACAGAAAUCUCGAGCGGCAUGAUUUACUUGAUUAUAUACUCGAUCAAGUUGAUAACCCCGAAGAAACUACGUAUAGGGCCCUGCGUAGCUACAAUAUCGUAAAUCCCGUGAACAUUUAUCUAAAUGGGAACGGCUUUAUUCCUCUGGCUCUUACGCAACUCAAAUAUGCCCCUAUUGUCUACGAAUUCAUGCUAGUAAAAUUUGGCGCCGACUCAUCUGUCAGCAGAUAUUUGAUGGGCGAAAUUACGACUGCGCGUAUAGGGAAAGCCAAACUUCACGAAUCUAAUAGCACUCUUGCCUUGUCCAACGCUUCAAUCGACAACGGAUGGCAAGAAUUAAGUAAUAUCUUCAACGUGUAUUGUAUGGAAGGUGUUCCUAUAGAAUCGCAAUUCUUACCGUUAUUCAGAACGUGUCCGGAAGAGAUUCCCAUCAGAUGCUUGUUUGAGAGAUACUUGGCAAAACUGUUUGAACUCAGAGUUGAAUUCCAACCAUCACGGGUAGACGAGAUUCCGCCAUUGCAAGUCACCCCAUUUACACAUAGUACACACAGGGCAAGUGAUGAAGCAAGAACAGAAUGGUUGCAUGAGAUUUGUUCUUGUUAUCAGAAUGACGAAAUGACGGCAACAUUUAGACAUCAACUUGAAAGAUUCUUCCAGUGGGAGUAUGCCAAAGCCGAGAUUGAGGCUGAGAUCUCGUGA